AUGGAGGGUCUGGGCCGCUCGUGCCUGUGGCUGCGCCGGGAGCUCUCGCCCCCGCGCCCGCGGCUGCUGCUGCUCGACUGCCGCAGCCGUGAGCUCUACGAGUCGGCGCGCAUCGGUGGGGCGCUGAGCGUGGCCCUGCCCGCGCUGCUGCUGCGCCGCCUGCGGCGGGGGAGUCUGUCGGUGCGAGCACUCCUGCCUGGGCCGCCGCUGCAGCCACCGCCGCCCGCCCCGGUGCUCCUGUACGACCAGGGCGGGGGCCGGCACCGGCGCACCGAGGCCGAGGCUGAGGAGUGGGAGGCCGACUCGGUGCUGGGCACUCUGCUGCAGAAGCUUCGGGAGGAAGGCUACCUGGCCUACUACCUACAGGGUGGCUUCAGCAGAUUCCAGGUCGAGUGCCCUCACCUCUGUGAGACCAGCCUCGACCGCCGGGGGGGCCCGAGCAUGGCCCCACUGCCCAGCCCAGUGGUGGGGCUGGGGGGCCUGUGCCUGGGCUCCGACUGCUCUGAUGCGGAUUCCGAGCCUGACCGUGAUGCAAUGAGCUUCGGCCUGGAUUCGGAGGGUGCCACGCCCCCCCCAGCAGGGCUGCUGCCGUCCUUCCCUGUCCAGAUCCUGCCCAACCUCUACCUGGGCAGUGCCCGCGAUUCGGCCAACGUGGAGAGCUUGGCCAAGCUGGGCAUCCGCUACAUCCUUAAUGUCACCCCCAACCUCCCCAACCUCUUCGAGAAGAAUGGCGACUUUCACUACAAGCAGAUCCCCAUUUCAGACCACUGGAGCCAGAACUUGUCCCAGUUCUUUCCGGAGGCCAUUGCGUUCAUCGACGAGGCCUUGUCGCAGAACUGCGGGGUGCUCGUUCACUGUCUGGCGGGCGUCAGCCGGUCCGUCACCGUCACCGUGGCCUACCUCAUGCAGAAGCUGCACCUCUCGCUCAAUGACGCCUACGAUCUGGUCAAGAGGAAGAAGUCCAACAUCUCGCCCAACUUCAGCUUCAUGGGGCAGCUGCUGGACUUCGAGCGCAGCCUGCAGCUGGAAGAGCGCCGUGCCCAGGAGAGGGGCAGUGGAGGGCAGGAGUCGGCUGCCUCUGAUCCCCCCUCUUUCUUCACCACCCCGACCAGUGAUGGCGUCUUCGAGCUGGACGCCACAUAG